CAUAUCAAAUAAUUGUAUUAAAAAGAAUAAAACAAUGAACGUAAAAAAAAUGGUUAAAACAUAAUAGAUAAUGGAAUGUUUCUUCAAAUGGAGAGUAUUCAACAAGUGUAAUAGCAAGACAAGAUCAAUAGCAAUUAAAAAUAACUACAUUUUUCGUUCGAUAUAACUGCCAAAAUAUAAAAAGAGUGAAAAAAAUUUAAGGAGGAGAUUAUAUCAAAGACAAUGAAAUGAUCAAGACCAUAAACUAUAAUUUUCCGAAGCUUUAUCGCAAAAUUUGUUGCUAUUGAAUGUGGUUGGAGAAUCUUUAAGAGUCUAAUGAACAGGUGGAACUUCUAAUGAUUUUUGAUUGAUAAAAUCAUGACACUGAAUUGGAAUACUCUGAUUCGGAUUUAUUUUCUUAUUGUUGUUGUAUCGAGUGAAAUGCCACACCACAGAGCUCCCAUUUUCACAUUUGAGCCUCCAAGUCUGAAUGUAUUUUCAAAUUCAUCUGGAUCAACGAUUCCUUGCAAUGCAGAUGGUCGGCCUUCACCCAUAAUCCGCUGGUUGAAGCACGAUGGGCUGCCGGCUCUGGAUCUGCCAGGGCUUAGGCAUGUCAGGCACGAUGGGGCUCUAGUCUUUCCUCCAUUCCCUGCAGAAGAUUACAGGGCUGACGUGCACGCGACUGUUUAUAGAUGUGAAGUUUCUAAUUCUGUUGGAACACUUGGUAGCAGGGAUGUUCACGUGAGAGCUGUGGUAAAUCAGAAGUAUGAAAUUCGACUUUCUGAUGAAUUUGUCUUAAGAGGUAAUAUGGCUUUAUUAAGAUGUCCCGUUCCAAGUUUUGUGAGUGAUUAUGUCAAAGUAACAUCGUGGGAAAGAAUUGAUGGCUUUCUCAUCACUCCAGGAAUCAUUAGUGGUAAAUACGGGAUAUUACAAAAUGGAGAUUUAUAUAUCAGGGAUACAACAGAGCAUGAUAGUGCAUACAGUUUUCGCUGUCACACGGAAAAUACUGUAACAAGAGAAAAGAAAGUCAGUACGAAUUACGCUAAAGUAAUAGUUACAGAGCCUCAUCACAAUCAGCCACCCAGAAUAAUGAUACGUUCCAGCCGCGUUUCUGUACCUGUUGGCAGGAAGGCCACUCUCUCAUGUUUAGCACAAGGUCACCCUACGCCAACAUACCGCUGGCAUAAGGUUGCAGGAGAAUUACGAUCUGUUCCAGAAUUAGGAUCGACUGUAAGGCAAGAGGGUGGAGUUCUGGUUUUCCAUAAGGUUGUUCCAGCAGAUGGUGGUACAUACAUCUGUGAAGUCAGCAACAGUGUUGGUCAAGAUAAGGUCGAGGCUGAGCUAAUUAUUGAAGAGCCAAUUCAUGUCAACAUAUAUCCUCCUGAACAGAAACUAGAUGUAGGGAAGACCGCUAAUUUCAACUGUUCAAUCCAGGGUCAUCCAAUUGCGUCAGUUACAUGGCGUAAGGACAUGAGAAUACUAAACGCUAAUCAGAGAAUAAUCAUUCCUACUCCAACAUCUUUGCAAGUUCGGCAAGUGAAGCGGUCUGACUCUGGCGUUUAUCAGUGCUUUGUGAACAGAGAUGAUCUUUCCGUACAAGCUAGCGCAAAGCUUACAAUUGGUGAUCUAGCACCAAAAUUUACAGUGACGUUCCCAGAAAAAAUUCUUCGACCUGGAAGCUACGUCUCGCUGGUUUGUGUAGCUUCUGGCAAUCCCGCACCACAGAUUAAAUGGUAUUUGGAUCGUAUUUGGCCUGUGUCAACUCGUCCAGGCACACUAGUCAGUACUUACUUAAGCAGUUCAGGUGAAGUAGUCAGUUAUCUGAAUUUCACUUCAAUCGAUGUAUCAGACAGUGGAUUGUAUCAGUGUGAGGCUUUCAAUGAGGCAGGGAGUAUUCAGCAUUCCAAAAGACUGAAUGUAUUUGGGCCUUUGUUUAUCCGUCCAUUAAGCAACUUGACAGCACUGGCAGAAUCUCGAUUUGCAGUUUACUGCCCAUUUGGUGGGUUUCCGUUCGAUAAUAUCGUUUGGAAAAAAGAAGGACGAAUUCUUCCUGUUAAUCAAAGACAGCGUGUGUACCCGAAUGGUACUUUAGUCAUUGAAGGUGUACAGCCUAGAGUAGAUGAUGGUCGCUAUAGUUGUGAGGUGGCAUCCAGUCAAGGAAUGCCUAUUUCUCGUUCUUUUCGGAUUUUAGUUCGAACCGGACCAAAAGUUGCCAGUUUUUCCUUCAAAGACAACCUUCAUGAAGGCAUGUUAACAGCAGUUACUUGCAUCGUUGAUGCUGGGGAUGGCCCAUUGACCACUAGAUGGCUUAAAGAUGGCCAGAUUCUGUUGGAAGAAGAUUUAGAUGCCACUAUUAUGUACGCUCAAGAAGGACAUGUAUCCACAUUGACAAUCAAAAAAUUGGAACAUAAACACAAUGGUAAUUACACGUGUGCCUCCACAAAUGACGUUGCUACUGGAUCUUACAGCGCUAUUUUAACUGUCAAAGUUCCACCUCGAUGGAUUCUUGAACCCAGUGAUAUAACAGCUGUUUCAGGACGUCCAGCGACAAUCAGUUGCCAAGCAGAUGGGGAACCACAUCCCCAUAUCAGGUGGAAGAAAACAACAGAUCAUCCACCUGACCAAUUUAAAACUAUUGUUAGUAGUUCACAUGUCCAUAUAUUGGUGAACGGUUCAUUAAAUUUUCCAAGCGUAGAAGCGUCUGAUGAAGGAUAUUAUCUCUGCGAAGCUAAUAAUGGUGUGGGACCUGGAUUAAGCACAGUUGUUAAACUAACUGUUCACAGUGCUCCUCAAUUUCAAUUCAAAUUUAAAGUUCUUGGCGCAAGAAGAGGUGAUAAAACAGUUAUUGAAUGCAGUUCUUAUGGAAACAGGCCUAUGAAUUUCAUUUGGCGAAGACAAGGAGUAAUAGUUGAUCCUAUAUCAGAACCCAGGUAUAGGAUUCUGGAAGAGGAGCUACUUGAUGGAGAUCGAAGUAAAAUGAUAAUUGAAAAAGCAGAGCGAAAAGAUUCUGCUUUAUUUACUUGCACAGCUGUCAAUGACUACGGAGAAGAUUCCUUAAAUAUCCAACUAACAGUCCAAGAUAUUCCAGAUGCGCCUCAAAACUUAGAGAUUCAUGACAUAUCUAGCAGAAAUUUAAGGCUAACAUGGAAUAAGCCUUUUGAUGGAAAUUCUCCUAUUCUGCAGUACACAGUUAUGUGGAGAAAUGUAAACGAUGAUAACUCAGCAGGCGGACCGGUGACAGUUCCUGGCUCGGAGACAACUGUAACCAUCAGAGGAUUGAAACCGAAAACUAGAUAUUUCUUCCGGGUCAAGUGUCAGAAUUCUUUGGGGGAAAGUCAGUUCGGUGCUGAAGUGGCAGCUACUACACUCGAGGAACCACCACGACACCCCCCUGAAAAUAUAAAGGCUACUGUUGUUUCUUCUCGUUCAAUCAACGUUACAUGGAAUAUGCCGCAACAUGAAGAAGGUGGUAACAUCGAAGGUUUCUACAUUGGGUACAAAUUAUAUGGAAGUUCUGACGCCUAUACUUUCAAGCCAAUAGAAUCUUCUUAUGGGAGGUUUCAACAAGUGCUAUUGAGUGAUCUCAACAGGUUUACGGAGUAUAGCAUUGUUGUUCAAUCUUUCAAUUCAAGAGGCGCAGGUCCACCUUCGGAGGAAAUUAUGUCAAGAACAUUGGAAUUCGAUCCCCCCGGUGUGCCAGUAAUUAAAACUUACUACGCAACAGCAACAACAAUCAAAGUUUCCUGGGAACUCAACAUAAUCCCUAGUGCCCCCGUCACGGGUUAUGUUUUGCAUCAUAAGCUGGAGGAUCAGAACUGGCAUGAUACGCACUUAAAUGGAGAUCAAUCUGUUUAUACACUAAAAGAUUUGCAGUGUGGAUCUACUUAUUACAUAUACUUAGUUGCCUUUAAUACUGUGAGCCAUGGUAACAGUAGUGAGAUUAUAUCUGCAAAAACAAAUGGAAAUGCUCCUAUAGCUCCAGAUAAAAGAAUGCUACUGUCUGUCAACAAAACGACUGUAACUGUAAAUUUAAAUAGUUGGCACAAUGGAGGAUGUCCAAUAACAUUUUUCAUAAUCCAGUACAAAGCUGCUGGUCAUCAGGAAUGGACUUUGGUCAGCAAUAAUAUAAUACCAGAGCAGCAGACUAUAACCAUCACAGAUCUUAAUCCUGGAACUUGGUAUUCGAUCCUAAUGACCGCUCGUAAUGACGCUGGGGCUACCGAUGCGGAAUAUGUUUUUGCUACUUUGACAUUAACUGGAGAAUAUCCACCCCGUCCUUCAGAAAUGAGUGAUGUAAAUGGUUCAUUCUACCGCCAUUUAACGAUUACAGUUCCCGUAAUCAGCUCGACCAUUGUUCUUGUUGCUGUCCUUUGCGUGGUCUGCAUCAUCACCAGGCGCAGAACAUCCGGCAGAACUCCGCGAACUCCUGAUGGAACUAGUUCAAGAGACCCUUCAAAACCUGACAGCAUGCCACUAUCCGUGACAUACGACAGCAGCCAAGAACCAACUUAUUAUCCGUCCCCAUAUGCGACAAGCAACACUGCUGGUUAUAACCGAGAGCAAUGCUUUCAGUCAAAUCAUCAACAGAAUACGGGGACGAUUGGCAGUAAUAAAUGUGGAUAUUCAUACGAUGUACCGUAUCUUCAAAGAAGGGAAGAAAAGUUUGAAAGUAGUUAUCAGUCCUCUAUUGUUUAUUUACCUGCAUAUCAUCGUACAGGACACCAAUUACUUAUACAUCAAGAACAAGCAAUCUAUGAAGUCCCUGACUUAGGAAGAAGAAAACAGGAUUGCAACAGAUCAUCCAGAGAGAAUGGAUACAGGAGAUCAAGCAUAGAAUCUGAUGAUGAAAAUGAAGAUGAUCUUAUAUUAACUUCAAAGGAUAGAAUAUUUGAAGAGGCUCGUGAAUCAGAAACAGAAUGUGACCGUCUCUGGAAAAAUUUUCAGAGUAGCCAAUAUGAAGAAGGUAAGCGUUGGUCUUCCGAUAGAGAGAGGGUAGUUCUGACUUAAAGCUACGCUUUAAAAUUUUAAAAGAUGAGCUUAUUUUUAUAUGAGGAAGAAGGAAAACCAGUAUGACCGGUGCUAUGAGCGAAAAAUUCUACCUGUGAUUUCCUGAUUUACAAUGUUUCCUUCAAAAAAAUUGUGAAAAUUUAUUUGUGAAAAUAUUUUUCUGAAUAAAACUUGUUGUUAAUCCCUUUA